UUUCUUUUUCCCAAAACACAGUUGAAUUCUUGAGUGCGAGUUGCAAUGGAGUGGAUUCGAGGGGAUACGAUUGGGUUCGGAAGUUUCGGUACUGUCAAUAUGGUACUACCCAAAACUGGGUUUUCCAAAUCUCCUUUAAUGGCUGUCAAGUCUUGUGAAGUCAUCGACUCUGUUUCGCUGAAGAACGAGAAGGAAGUGCUUGAUCGAAUCGGUUCUUGCCCGCAAAUCAUCCGCUGUUUAGGUGAUAAUUACACGGUCGAAAAGGGUGGGGAGUGUUAUAAUUUGUUCUUGGAGUACGCUGAUAAAGGAAGCUUGGCUGAUCAGGUGACGAAAAGCGGCGGGAAUUUGAUGGAAUAUGAUGUUAGAAGAUAUGCAAGAUCCAUACUUAAAGGACUACGCUUUGUUCAUUCAAACGGGUUCGUUCACUGUGAUAUUAAGCUUCAAAAUAUUCUCUUGUUUGGUAAUGGUGACGUGAAGAUUGCUGAUUUUGGAUUGGCGAAGAGGAAUGGGGAAGAACAGAGGAGGGUGGAAAUCAGGGGAACUCCUCUGAAUAUCGCACCAGAGUCGGUCAAUGAAAACGUGUAUGAUUCGGCGGUGGAUAUUUGGGCACUUGGAUGUGCCAUUGUUGAGAUGUUUACUGGAAAACCAGCUUGGAAUUUCAAACCAGGGACAAACCUGGCCGCUUUGUUGAUUGAGAUUGGGGUUAGCGAUGAAUUGCCUGGAAUUCCUCCAGAGUUAUCCGAGGAAGGAAAAGAUUUUCUCGGAAAAUGCUUCGUUAAGGAUCCAAAGAAGCGAUGGACGGCUGAGAUGCUCCUGGAUCAUCCAUUCAUGGCCGGUGAUGAUGACAUUGUUUCACUGAAUCGAUGCGAAGAAGAAGAAGAAGAAUCAACGUCCCCAAGAUGUUCAAUUGAAGAAUUCUCAACUUCACCAAGAUGUCCCUUUGAAUUCCCAGACUGUGUUUCAACUCAAUCAAGCUCUGUUCCUUCCUUCUCCAUUUCCUCACCUUGGGAUCGAGUUCGUGAAUUGGCUUGCGAUGAAGCAGCCAAUUGGACAAUUUCAGAGAGCUGGAUCACAUCGAGGUAGAUGAAAAUCAAUAGAGUUUCGUAGCCUUCAAUCAAAUCUGAUGGCUUUGAUCAAUUGGUGGUGUUUUCUUAUAUUUUUUAAUUGUAAAUGAUUAAGUAAAAAAAAACAUAGAUACUGACUUUUUCUUUUC